UGUUGGCUGGCUGCAACGAAGACAACGAAGACGAACACCAAGCAAGCAGAGACCCUGCAACGUGCCAACCAACCAACCAGUUCACCACCACUCCACCACCACGACCACCAACCAACCAACCAAUUCAGCCUUGUCUCUGCCUUUGCUUGCCUGCGUUCACAAUACGGGCGGCGGAAGAUGCAGGAGUUCCAGCACAGGACGGAGGAGUGCGAGCGCGCCGUCUCCUUUGACACGGCGCGCGUGGACGGCGCAACGCAGCUGGGCGCCGCAGUGUUUUGGGCGGCGGUGACCUCUGGCGCAGGAUACCGGCUGCUGGCACACGAUGAACAGGGCCAAGGCUUGCUGGCGCUGCUUGGGCUGCAGGACGCGGCGCAGCUCGGCUCUGCGGUGCACGAGGCAGUGGGCUUCCUCGUCUGGGGCACGUCUGCGCUGCAGCGCAACCAGGUGCCCGCGCUGUCCCUGCGGUUUGUGCGCGUCGCCGUCAAGGCCGCGGCAUGGCUGGCGCUGACCGCCAUGAGCUACUGCCCCGUCGGCCGGCUGGUGUUUGGGCGGCCUCUGCGGCGCCUGGCCAUCACGUGUGCGCAGCAAGGCAGCGCGGCCCAUGCUGGCGCCAUGGCGCGCUUUGCUCGUGCAUUUGCGGCCAUGGCCACCUCGAAACAAGGGCUGCUGGCGCUGCUGAACGCCGCCAUCCUGCCCAUGCUGCAGAGAGCGCUUCGCGGUGCGGGCACAGACACGGGCCUGCUUCGGGGCGUCCUCGGGACCGUGGUCACCAGCCUGCGCGUCAUCCUCACCGUGACAUCCGCCGUGGCCACCUACACACAGCUGCGGCCCGCACAUCUCGUGCCGUCCAACCCAUGGGAGGCCGAGCCCGCGCACAUGGAGUACCUGCGCAAAACCGCGCUGGCCACCGUGCACGAGCAUGGCGACGAUGGCAUCGAUGAAAACACCCCGGCAGGUGGACCCAUUGGCGUGCUUGUGUGUAACCUCGGCACAACACCCACUCCACGUGCCACAGAUGUGGCCCAGUUCCUAAAGGAGUUUCUCAUGGAUCCGCGUGUUGUGGAGGUUGCACCUUGGGUGUGGAGCAUGGUGCUGAAUGGCUUUAUCAUUCCCAUCCGCAAGUACACAUCUGGCCAGCUGUAUGAGCGCCUGUUCCAGAACGCCGGUACAGGCAACACGUCCCCCCUCGUCCACCACACCAGCCGCUUCACACAGCAAGUCCAGCAACACCUCGGCUCCAACUAUGUCGUCGAAUACGGCAUGAGAUAUGGGGAGCCCAGCAUUGGGAGUGCGCUGGCUGCGUUGAAACGCCGCGAGUGUGAGCGGGUGAUUGUGCUGCCCAAAUACCCGCAGUACUCUGGCACAACCACCGCCUCCAUCUACGACGAGGUGUUUGCGUGUGCGCGCCGCUAUCGCUUCGUCCCAGCCAUCCGCAUUGUCCCACCCUUUUACAGCCACCCAGCCUACAUCCAGGCGAUCGUGGCCACGGCGUCGCAGUUCCUUGCACAGCACAGCAACAUUGAGCGCUUUGUCAUUUCGUUUCACGGCAUCCCCGAACGCUACCACCUUCGCGGCGACCCGUACCCGUGGCACUGCGAGGCGACGGCGCGCGCCAUUGCAGCGGGAAUGUGCUGGAGCAAAGACCAGUGGAUGCUGUCGUACCAGUCUGUGUUUGGCAAGGACCCCUGGCUGCUUCCCGCCACGGAUGCAACCGUCGAGGAGCUCGGGAAACAAGGGGUGAAGAGGAUUGCCGUGCUGUGUCCGGGCUUCCUGACCGAUUGCCUGGAGACAAUUGAUGAGAACGGCACAGAGAAUGCAAACGUCUUCAAGGAGAACGGGGGCGAGGAGCUUGUGCUUGUGCCCUGCCUCAACUCCAGCCCAGAGUGGUGUGAGGCCGCAGCAGCCAUUAUCCAACACGAAGCCCGCGGCUGGGAAUAGUAGCCCCACAAGUGUGCGUGUGUGUGUGUGUGUGUGCGCGCGCUGUGUGUGUGUGCGUGUGUAUGCUGUGUGUGCUGUGUGUGCUGUGUGUGUGUGUGAUGUAAAUCUCGCCAUCUCGCCAACUCGUGUCACAUCACGCACUUUGUCACUUCACGGGUGCUAAGUUGAACCUCCGGUUUACAAUAAAAUAUGCGACAUCA